CUUUACCCUUUAAUAAUAACGACAUAAAAAUGUCGCGUGUGUAUUUGAUGCCCUCUAGUGGCUCUUAUUGGACACGCACGUGCGCGUCCCCGCUGACGUAACCGCGUUCUGUUAAACUACAUCUACCAGAGCUUCACUGACUGUAGACGACCGAGUCCAUCCUAACACGCGAUUUAUUCUCGUUCUUAUUUUAUAUAUAACCGUUUCCUUAAUUUAACCUCGUCAGCAGACAAUGGUCGAACACUAUUAUUCACUUUGCUUAGUGAAAACCCCAUCGAACCGGCUGUUUCCCUGCGUAUACGUUGCACUUCCGGGUUUUCGGGCAAGCGUCUUUUCUGAGGAUCAGCUGUGAAGAUUGAAUGAGCAAACGGUGAGGAGAGAGCGACUCCUGAAUGCUGGGCUGCCGAUAAUCGUUGCUGAAUAGCAAGUGCAUAACAAAAGACAGCGUGGACUCCUGGAUAAAGCUGCUUCCCUGCUGUCUUGUUUAUGGAGCUGGCAGGAGUGCGUUGGCACUCAUCAGAUAUGUUAUUAUAAGCUGUUGUUAUUGGUACAGAAGUAUGAAGAUAUGUCAAUGGUGACUCAUCCUACUGGUCUGAUAACCGACUCAUUUUCAUGCAGUUGAGUUGUUUCGGAUCUCUAACACUUGGUUUAGUUUAACGCAGCCUGUGUUGAUACUGUGAUGAGGGUCCGCUGAGCUCGCCUGUUCCCCGGAGUCUCUAACUGGACUGUAUUACAUUAAGAGAUUAAAGCGCUUUUAGAUCAUUUCUGCAUCUCACCGACUGUCAACCUUUGUUUGGAUCUGGAGAACACGCGAGAGUCUGUUUGUUUUUCAUGAUUUAAUGAAAAAGUGUUGCUGGUUGGACAAUGAAGAAGUUCUUCGAUACCCGACGGGAGAUGGUGAGCUCCGGGCCCGCGAUUGGAGCCGGUGCGGGAGGCAGCGCGGCGUCCGGCGCGUUUAUCGGACGCGUUUUCUCCAUUGGACGAUAUCAAGUGACCGUGGAGGAGACUGUAGCGGAGGGUGGUUUUGCUAUCGUAUUUCUGGUGAGGACUCAUCAGGGCGUCCGUUGUGCGCUGAAGAGAAUGUAUGUCAACAAUGAAUAUGACCUUCAAGUAUGCAACAGGGAAAUUCAGAUUAUGAGGGACCUUGUGGGUAACAAAAACAUUGUUGGUUUCCUGGACUCCAGCAUCACAGCAGUGGGAUCAGGAGAUGUUUGGGAAGUUCUCAUACUGAUGGACUUCUGUAGAGGUGGGCAGGUUGUGAACCUGAUGAACCAGCGCUUACAGACUGGAUUCAGUGAGCCAGAGGUGCUGCAGAUCUUCUGUGACACAUGUGAAGCUGUUGCUCGACUACAUCAGUGCAAAACUCCCAUCAUCCACCGGGAUCUCAAAGUGGAGAACAUCUUGCUGCAUGACAGAGGUCAUUAUGUACUGUGUGAUUUUGGCAGUGCCAUUAACCGUUCCCAGAAUCCACAAACAGAAGGCGUGGCGGCUGUAGAAGAAGAAAUUAAGAAGUACACUACUCUUUCAUACCGGGCCCCAGAAAUGGUGAAUCUUUAUGGGGGCAAGGUUAUCACUACCAAAGCAGAUAUAUGGGCUUUGGGCUGCUUGUUGUAUAAGCUGUGUUAUUUCACAUUGCCGUUUGGAGAGAGUCAGGUGGCCAUCUGUGACGGCAGCUUCACCAUCCCAGACAACUCCCGCUACUCGCACGACAUGCACUGUCUCAUCCGUUACAUGCUGGAGCCAGACCCUGAUGUAAGGCCAGAUAUCUACCAGGUGUCCUAUUUCGCCUUUAAACUGGCACGGAAAGAAUGCCCAGUACAGAAUAUUGAUAAUUCACCCAUUCCAGCAAAACUCCCAGAGCCAAUCAGAGCCAGCGAAGCUGUGGCCAAGAAGAGUCAAAACAAAGCCAGGCUCACUGAUCCAAUCCCCACUCUUGAGACAUCCAUAGCACCACGACAACGUCCCAAGGCUGGCCAAGCUCAAGCAAUCGCAGGCAUCCUGCCCAUCCAACCAGCACUCACCCCUCGCAAAAGAGCCAAUGCACCGGCAGGACCCAGCCAACCAAUCAGUGUUAACAUGGCUUCCCAGCCUGUUGCUCUUGCCCAAUCACAGGUUCCUGUCACUCAGCAACAAGCCACUCCUAUUCCAAUACAGGCCACUCCCUCUCCACCCCAGACCACACCCCAGCACGCACAACUUUUUGUACAGCAGCAAAACACAGCCUUCUUUAAUGCUCAACAACAGCAGCAUCACUCAACGCAGACCAGCGCCGCACCUGCACAAACGGUUGCAUCAUCCUCCACCCCUGUUUCUACACACUCUAAACCUAAGAAUAGGGCCCCCCCUCCACCCAUACACCACCCUCAAACCAACCUCCUGACAUUAUCAGCAACUGCACAGACAAAAAACAAAGCAAUGUCCCCAGCUCCACCUGCAGAGUGUUCACAUAGUAAUAACGUAGAUGGUGAAAUCUCUGCCCAACCUAAAACCAAAGCAAUGGCACCUCCACCCCCUACAUUGCAUGCCUCCACCCUUCCUCCACCUAAAACCACCUCAGCACCAUCCGCUGACUCUGAAGUGGACCCAGAGCAGAGGUCCAUCGCUGGAAGCCGUGGGGUGCAUAAAGUCGGCUCUUUGACUCCACCCUCUUCUCCUAAGACCGCCCCAAAGGGAGGCCACAGACGAAUUCUGAGUGAUGUCACACACAGCACCAUAUUUGGAGUUCCUGUGAGCAAGUCCACUCAGCUGCUUCAAGCUGCUGCUGCAGAGGCCAGCCUUAACAAGUCCAAGUCAGCUAGCACCACACCCUCUGGCUCUCCACGUUCAUCACAGCAGAGUGUUUAUCAGUCAGGGGAGGCUUCGGGACCUACAGCUGGAGCUUCAGCAUCCUGGAACCCCUUUGGUGAUGACAAUUUCUCCAAACUCACAGCAGAAGAGCUGCUAAACAAGGAUUUUGCCAAACUGGAUGCUAAGAUGGCAGAGAGAUCCUGUCCUGAAAAUCUGAUUUCUGGGUUGCAGUCUGCGUCUUCCAAUAAAGGCUUUCUCCAGGGAGGAGAGAAGUUGAUCGAGGGUUUGAAGUCUCCAGAGCCCUCUUCCUCCCUGACCCUCCCUGACCUUCCCUUGAAUGACCCCUUCAGCCCUGCAGACUGUAGUGAUGCUGGGAUGAAUUCUCUGAUCCCUGGUCUGGAUCCUCUACAGACUGAUCCUGGGUCAGCUGCACUACCAGGUCAGCAAUUUGAAUCCUUGGUUGGACAGGAUUCUCUUUUGGAUGGGCCGCUUCUCUCCCUUCCUUCCACUGGGGGUCUAAUACUGGCUUCAUCCCCCUCAUCUCUUCGUGCACCAUCUAUGGACCAGUUUACCACUACUGCUUUGAGCAGUGGACAGUCCCACCAGGCCUCUACCCUCUCAGGCUUCCAGUCCACUGAGACUGGGGACCAAAGCUCUGAUAACCAGUUUGACCCAAUUCCGGUGCUUAUCUCCAAAAGCUCCAGCCAAGUAAUCACAGACAACUUGAAAUGUCAUGGAGAAGUGACGGAAAUUCAUUGGACAAAAAGUUUGGGAACCCUCCAUCUAGAAAGCAGGUCUUUCACUCUUAAAAAUGAAGGUUCUUUAUUGGCAUUUAUGGUUCCAUGAAGAACCUUUUAACAUCCAUGGAAUCUUUCCAUUGCAUAAAAAGGUUCUUUAUAGUGGAAAAGCACUCUUUAGAUUUUUAAGAUUUUUAAGAUUUUUUUUUCACACCAAGAAAAACACCAAAACAUUUUUUUUUUUUCACAGCAAGUCCUUUCAUUGAGAUUGGCUCAAUGAAAGGUUCUUUGGGGAAUCCUAAUUGGUUCUUCCAUGGCAUCACUGCGGAAACCUUUUGGAACCAUUAUUUCUAAGAGUGUAUAUAAAGCUGAUAUUAAUACAAAUUGAGACAUUAAAAUGACUAAAAUUAAAUAAACACUUAUUUACCUCCAGAUGCACUCAAAAUUCACUAAAAAGUUGACAACAGAAAUACCUUAUCCUUUGAGUGAACUUUUCAACAAAUGUCAAUAUCUCAGAAUGGUCAAAUAUUGGCCUAUAUAUCGGUCUAUCACUAUCCUGAAGCUGACGUUAUACCAGUGUCUAGGCAGCACAUAUCAGACAUGUCGACACUGACUCUUGACAAAUCUUUACAAAGUCAAAUUUUAGAGACACAUAUCAAACAUAAAACAGCUCAAUUUAAGAAAACAUGUCUUUAUGUAUAUGUAUGAUGUUUGAAUUUUCAUAAUUAGAUGUGCGGAAGCAGUAAUAAUACACGGUUAUUUAUUUUGAGAUGUAACUUCUUAUAGUGUACUUCAAUGUUUUUUGUUAAAUGCUAAGAGUAUUGUUUUAUUUUGAGUCAUUGUUUUGUCCAAAGCUUGUACAAAUGUUGCAUCGGUAGAACAUUGUUGUGUAAUAAUAUUCAACCCAUUCUCAUGAGAAUACGUAACUAUUUCACGAGUUGGUGAUUUCGUGUGAAUUUGUACGGAGUGAUUCAUAUGGAAACGCACGAUUUUUAGAAAAAUAUAAAACAAGCCUGACGGUCCACCCCACCUUUAAACCAACCCGAUCUCUCUGCAAUUUGUACAUAUUUUAAGAGGUGGCUAAUCCUCACUCAUACUAAUUAGUACAUUUUUUUUAUAAAUUGUAUGUAUUUUAUGAGUUGGCAAAUUCGUAUGAAUGACCUACUCCUAACCUCGCCCCUAAACCAUAUCCCCUAAAACCCUAAAUCAUAUGAAUUCAUACGAGUGAGGUCGUAAAUAUGUAUGAAUUGGUCGUGAGAUAGCAUUGUUUAAACCUAACCAUCAUUGGGACGUAAGCAGAUCGCACGAAAACCCACAAAUGAGACUGUAUGAAUUCUUUCGAAUUAGCCAAAGCGUAAAAUGGUCACAAAUUACCAUGAGAGUGUGUUGGCAAUAUUAUGUUUAAGUGAAUGUUUUCUUUGUUGUCAGUUUCUCUUUUCUUUUUCCUCCCUUUGCUUGUUUUAAUGUGGCUGACCUAUGCAAUCUGACUGUAGUGCUCAUAGUACUCUUAUGCACCUAGCGGUGUGGCUAAGUAGUCUGACGUUGAAGUCUUUGUGUUGUAGCGUGUAUUACAGCCCAUGUCAGGAGAAAAUAAUGACAACAACAAAAAAGUCUUAUCUAUAAUGGAAUGCCAUCGCUUCAUCCUUUUUUCUUCAUGUUAUCGAGCGCCGUAUUCCUUCUGUUUUUAUGCGACAAUGAAAAUUCUGAAAAGGAAGAUAUUAAAUAAAAAUGUCAAUGGGAACAGA